CACAUCAUCCGUCGCCUUCGCCGCUUCGCUCCUGCGUCGUCUCCAAGGCGAGAUUAGGUCGAAAUUCUCGCGUCGGAAGACGAAUCUCCGGUCCGGUCCGGCGCCGUUCGCAGAUUUCCCCUCGCGCGAGCAGCGAUCGAUUCGUCUACGCCCGCGCGACCUUUGGAUCUGGGACAUGAUUGCGAUCGGUGCGCAAUCGCGGUUCUGAUUUCGGAACUCGCUCUCUAGGGUUGAAUUGACUCGAUAAUGGGCUUGUCGUCGGUCGCGAGCAGCAGCGAGGCCAUGCGGUUGUGCAUCUUCGACCUGAGGAGAGGGCAAAACGAGGGGCAGGAGCUGGACAAGAUCCUCUUCUUCUAUCCUGCCGAUUUGCCCUUCUCCGCCCAGCUCUCCGUCAUUGGCCUGAGCGAGGGCCUCAUCACCUUCACGAGGAUUUUCUCUCCCGAGGCUGCUUGCGAGGUCAUUGAAGCAGAGAGGCACUCUCAUGUGUUCUUCGAGGCGGAACCGGAUAUUUGGAUGGUCAUGAUUGUUGAGAAGAACAAGGAAGCAGAAGCGAUUUGGAGAGUCGACGCCUUGAGAAAGGUCCUGAAGGAAGUCCACUCUCUUUUCUUGAUGUUCCAUGGGCCUAUAAGGUCAUUGCUCGAGAAGGAACCGGCUGCGGGAUUGGUCAGAUCUCAGUUGUACAUAUUCAUCAUGGAUUAUCUUAGUGAUUUUCUCUCUUCGAAGAAACUCCAAUUACCAUCAUUCCGUGAUUCUUUGAAGGAGCGUGGAACUGUACAGAUGCUGACCGUAGGACGUGAGGCUGCAAUAGAAGUUCAGGGCCUUCUUAAUGCAUUGACAAAUUGGGCAGCUCCUUCGCUUGUCAGGGUUGUAGAAUCGUGCACUGGAAGCCCAUCAUGCCACUCGUUGCUCUUGUUUCAGGACCUUCUAGUUUCUACGACACUUUCUCCAGACGACACCAUCAAUCUAUUUACAUAUGCUGUUCUAAGAUUGACUCCCCGUGCUCUCUCUACGGGGUCAAGCUCCUGGUCCUAUCUACGUAAGGGAAGUACUGCAUCUGCUGCUGCGACAGGGCCUGCUGUGGGAAGCGCAACUUCUCUUUCAGAACCUUUCCACGGUUCACGUGGUACCUCCACGGGUGAUGAUCACAGUCAUGCCAUGAGACCUCUGCAGCAUGAUAGAUGGUCCAAAGGAAAGGAUGGUUUUCUUAUCACAGAUAUCUGGCAAGCUGAGCCUGAGAGCUUAGUUUCUGUCACCCCAUCAAUUUGGCUCCAGCAGACCGAAGAGAAAAUGUAUCUCUGUGCUUAUCAGCACAAGAGCGUUACCUUAAUCCUUCUGAUUCCUGUGUCCUCUGUCAUUAAUGGGGAACAAGGCAUUUUAGCAGUGAAGCAGCUAGUUUUCGAAAAUGCAUCAUUGAAGAUGUUGAAAGUUGAAGAAAAGCUUUCAAAAGGAUGGGGUGGUGAGAAUGCAUACCAUGUCAGUGGGUACCGUUAUUUGCUUGUAGAUGGUGACAGAAACUUAUCCAGGGCUUCACCGCCAGGCAAAGUUACUACGCUAACAAAGGAUUCUUUGCUUACAUUGAGUAAGCUCAGAGAAGAGGUUGACAUAGAAAAAAGCAGGGCAAGAUGGGAUAAUGAUGGUCAUGAGAAAGAUCUUGAAAUAUGCACUAGGGCUAGAAACAAUGCAUGGGUUAUCUCUCGUGUUACAAGGGGAAAAGAGCUUUACAUGGUUCUUGAGAAUGCCAACGAGACCCUUCUUUAUGCCUCUGAUGCUGUUCAGAAGUUCAGCAACAGGUACUGCAAUGGAGCCUUCUCCUUGGAUUGAGAACAUUCAGUUUUGCACAUUUGGAGCAAUUUCAGCGGAAUGAUGCAAGAAAUUAUAAAUAUCCCUUGCUUAUACAUUUACCUGGAGAGCAGAUGCAAGGUACAGGUGCCCCUCCUCUGUACAUCACUCUCACUUCACUGUAGCAUAGGAAAAGCUAAUUAUUGUAAUUUGCUUUCUUCCAUCUUGCUGUGCUAUAUAAAAUUUUGGCUGUUAUGCUUUUAGACUUUGGGAUUCUUAUCCUGAGCAGGUCAUGUUGAAUUCCUCUGGACUGUGACCCUGAGGACACAUUAUUGUGCUUUCUUCAGAUGAAAGGGUCACAAUGUAUUUGAGCAGUAGGAGGCAUCAGUACAUAUUUUCGCCGAUCUACAUGAUGUUUACUGUUUAGUUUUAGUAAGCCUCAUUGCCUUUUGUGACAUCUUGUGUAAAAGUUUUUUUGUUCUUCUAUGUGAAUAUCUACUCAGCGAAACGAAAAUUGCAUGGUAGUACUGCUUCAA